AUGGCCGACAACAACAAUGGCAGUAACAAACGGCAUCGAGACGAGUCUCCAGCAAAAGCGGGUCGAGACAAACGUAGAGCAAAGCAGCAGAGUGAUCGCAGGAUAGGGCCCCGAUCCGAGUUUGCCAACACACUCAGCCAGAGCUCUCCUAAUGUGGGUGGUGCUAUUACUCCCGAAGACUACAUGGCGGCGCGUCUCAAUGAGGUUCGUACUAUGCAGUCAGCUAUCAGAAGUGCCAGUAACGCGUUGACAUGUUUGGUGGCUCAAGCACUCCCUCGAGAUAUGCGUCGACGCGCUGCAAGUCAUGAUUUGAACCGAUUACCUGCUCAUUUACGUGCACGUGCUGCACAAGAGAGAGCAGAUACACCUCCCAAUGCCAGAAGAAAGAAAAAGGGCAAACGGAAAGCAAAGGCAGAUAAUGUUCUUCAGGAGUAUCUUCGUCGUCAGAAGGAAAAUAAGUGGCUCGGUACCCACAUGUGGCAUACAAAACGCAUGAAAAUGAACAACAUCUGGGGGUAUCGUUUGGCGAGAAAACCCAAUAUCAAAUCGGCGAGAACCAUCUACCGUGCCUUUCAACACACGACUGUCAUUCACGAUGCUUCUUACAUGGGCUGUUUGGAAAUGGAAGGAUCGUAUCAGGAUAUUGUGAUGGUGAUGAACCACGUUACAGAUGUAUCGUUGCCAUCGGUUGGGAGUGAACGCUUCAAUCAUGGACAUCGCGUGGGUCAUACAUUCUUAUACGAGUACACAGGGUGUCCAUCACAAUGCAUUUGCCCAAUCACCUAUUUAUGGAUGCCUUCGGAUGACAUGGAUGGUCGUCGUAAACUUUGGAUAUGGAUUCACCCAUCUUCAUUUGCUGAAGCAUAUACAUCCCUUCAAGCGGCACAAGCCUCUUUAUCCAAAGAUAUCACAAUCACGGAUCAACGGGAUCAGCUUGCCGUAUUUGAACUUUCAGGUGCAUCGUCAACUUCUCUCAUGCAAAUCAUCCUAAAGCCCGUGGAAGAAGCCACCCAUGUUUGCAAGGACAGCUCACCAACCGCGAAAGCAGCCCAAGUAUGGCGAGAUCUUCGAUGCUUACGAUCGUCCAGCUCAUUGCCUUCAGGUGUUGUUAUUGGUCUCACUGUACAAGAUCCACGCCUCGAUUUUCCACAAAAGCCAGCACCGAAAACCAAUGUCAUCCCUGUGGAAAAAGAGGCGCGACUUGGAGAGUUAUUAUCACAAUGGCCCAAGGACAUAUCACAAUCAACCAUAUGGGAUGCCGAUAUUCGCAAUGAGGUUCAAUCAUCGAUGCCAAGUGAACAUGCUUUGAAUAAGCGACGUGAGCAGCACCUUUUACCUGGUACCAAGCUAGAAUUUACCGAGAAUGAUUCCAAGAUGCCAAUCUUGCUUGUUCAGCGUGGUUCUUCCGAGUCACUUUUACGUGGACGACAAACGACUUGUACAAACGAAUUGAUGUCAGGAUGGAAUAUCAUCAUGCCAAAAGCAUGCGCAUUGUCAUUUUGGAAAUCGUUCAUGUUUGCUGGUGCUCGAGCUGCUGGUUACGAAGAUGUUCAUGCUAUGCAUUUUGAAAGCAAACGACCCAAUUUCCCGCAUGACUUUGUUGGAACGAAAGCGUGUGUCAAUAUGCUCACCAUGGCCAAGAACGAAUCUGAAUCAGCAUGGAAACGUCGACCCCCAGCAAAACGCUUCAAUUACGAGAAAUUUGGCAUUAGCAGACCCUUUGAUCCUCCCUUCGAUGUCUUGACACAUACCACACAAAGUGAAGCAUCAUCAUCACGACCUGCGUACUAUACACUUUAUGGCGAGAAAAUCAUAUCUCUUGUACUAGCAGCUGCUACGGAUGAUCAGGCUCAAAUGCAAGCUCGCGAUUACUUCAUCAACAUGUUUGCCAAACGUGGCAUUACGAUGCAACUGGAUGCACUUCAAUUGUCACACGCUCUGCUCCAAAUCCGCAUUGAAUACUUGGAUCGUGGACGCCCUGAAGCAAAUGCCAUGAUUUACUUGAUCGAUAGCGAUGCUGAAUACAACGAGAUCUCUACCAGCUAUCUUGCCAAUCGUUCAUCCAAGGCCAACAAAGCACGCGACUCGGAUAUGGAUAUAGAGGACGAAGACGAGGUUGAUGGUGAUGCUAUGGAUGUGGAUAAGGUUGAAACAAAAUUCCCUCCAAAUGAUGAUUGCAUUGGCUAUUUGACAACGGCAAGCUUUUCAUUCAAUGAAGGAUGUGGCUCAGGAUUGGGUGCUUGCACGGUUACUGGUAUACGACGUUUGCAAGCCAUGGAUCAAAGUCGAGGAAGGAGCAUCAAGGGCGUGGUUUGGAUUCGAAACACUAGAGCCGUCAAGUGUAGAGCAGCUCGAUUGCAUGUCAUUACAUAA